AGAAAGCCGGCUGUGACCGGGCGUUCGCUGUGACCCCUCGUGAGGAAAAACAGCAGGUGCGGUCGGCUGCAGCCGAGUGCGUUCGGCUUGGCGGUUCGACGCAGUCGCAGUCGCGGCCGCGCGGGCUGUCGGAGAGGAGACUCGGCGACAGAACGUCCAGGGUAGACUGGAGCCCGUGCACUGUGGAGCCCGCGGACCGGUGCAGGCGGGACGCGCGUGUAGACAGUUGGGGAUUUUAGAUUGGGAGUGAACCCUGUGAUUCCAGCCAUGGGCUCCUCAGCAUCUUCUCCUGCGACUGCAGCAAACACCUCAAAUGCUUCAGUUCAUCAGCCAGCUUCACCACCUUCAGGAUGCCCGAUGCAUGAAGGGCAAAGGAAAGGCUGUCCAGUGACUGCAGCAACAUCUGACCCGACCAGUGAGAGCAAAGCACACUCUGUGCCUGCUCACCAAGACCGGGCCUAUGAUUAUGUGGAAUGCCCUGUUACUGGUGCCGCAGCUAAGGAUAAGGAGAACCUCGAUCCUUCAAACCUGAUGCCACCACCUAAUCAGACACCAUCUCCAGAUCAGCCAUUUACUUUGUCUACCUCAAGAGAGGAGUCAUCAAUUCCAAGAGCCGACUCUGAGAAAAAGUGGGUUUAUCCUUCUGAACAGAUGUUCUGGAAUGCCAUGUUACGGAAAGGGUGGAGGUGGAAGGAUGAUGAUAUUAGUCAGAAAGAUAUGUACAAUAUCAUUAGAAUUCACAAUCAGAAUAAUGAGCAAGCUUGGAAGGAGAUUUUGAAAUGGGAAGCCCUUCACGCUCAUGAGUGUCCUUGUGGCCCAUCAUUGGUCCGAUUUGGAGGUAAAGCAAGAGAGUAUUCACCAAGGGCAAGAAUUCGUUCCUGGAUGGGGUAUGAAUUGCCCUUUGAUCGCCAUGACUGGAUCAUUAAUCGUUGUGGCACAGAAGUUAGGUAUGUGAUUGAUUACUAUGACGGAGGUGAGGUCAACAAGGACUACCAGUUCACUAUCCUGGAUGUGCGUCCUGCUUUUGAUUCAUUCUCAGCAGUAUGGGACAGAAUGAAGGUUGCUUGGUGGCGCUGGACUUCGUAACCACUGUUUUGUUUGUUACACUUCCCCCCCCCCCAGAAAGUUGUUAUACUAUUUCCCCCAAACUAAAUGCACUCAUAAUGUCACUGAGGGUACUUUUCAAGUAAAUGAUCAUAUUUGAUCGUGGACUUAAGCAAGGAUGCCAUGCUCUGUUAAAUUUUGAGUCACAUUUUUUAUUGCAGAUUAUAGGUCAGUUUUUUUUUCCCUGUUUGAUAUAAGUGGAAAGCAGUUCCUUAGUUUUCCCAUUAACUACAGUAUUUUAUGUUAUUUUCUGUAGACAUCUUAACAACCUCUGAAAAAGCAUAAAAAGUUGUUUUUAUCCUUACUGUUUCCUCAGGAGUAUUUGAGAUAUAAAACCUGAAAGUGUGUGAUGCUUUUACCUACCAAAUAAUUUAAUUAUAUUCAUUAUAAGCAAGCACUUAUUCUUGUUUUAAAAGUAACUACUAUUUCUAAAAUCCCUGUGUUCUAAGUAGCAAUCCUGAAAAAAUACGCAAGUAUAUACCAAAUGUAAUUUGCAAGACUAACAUGUUUAAAUACAAUUUCAGAUUUGACCCUGAGAAAUUUCAGCUUGAUAUAUAAAAAUUUCAAAAUACUUUAUUUAAAAUUCUGUCCCAGUGUGUAACUAUUAAUGAAAAGCUGAUCACAACAUACCUGGAAGUUGACAAAUUAUCCUACAUUAUCUCAUCCAAUUCCAUCUUCCCACUAGGAGCUUGCCACCAGUAGUAUAAUGUCAACCUUGAGAGCCUGGCUCCAAUCACAGUACCAGCAGUAUUUUUUGACAAAUAAGAUUAUAUUUGGCUAAGUGUUAGAAUUCAUAGGAAGUGCAUUUUUUCUCAGAUGUGAAAUGUUUGCACCAAUUCACCAUCAUUUUGAUGUUUAUUUUAAGCAAGUGCUAAAUUUGCUGUUGAAAACUGGUUGUUUUGCUGGGCAGUAGUAGCACAAGCCUUUAAUCCCAGCACUCCAUAGAUCUCUGAGUUUGAGGCUAGGCUGGUCUACAGAGUGAGUUCUACGACAGCCAGAAAAAUCCUCUCUCUCUAAAAACCAAAAGGAAAAAAAGAAAACUGAUUGUUAUUUUAAUUUUAGCAACAUGUUAGAAAUAACUUUUUUCUUUAAAUGUUGAUAAUAUGAAAAUUUUUUAAUUCAUCCUAAAUACUGUAGUAUUAAGUUAGUAGACAGAAUUGGUGUUUUUGAGUUCUUUGAAGUAGAUUUCUUUGUUGUAUGAUGCUUGAAAAAUCCAACAUGUGAAAAUAUUUGUAUUUUUUAAAUAAAGCUAACAGUUAAAAUGUU